AUGAGUGUACUCUGGACAUUUAGAGUCGCAUUAUCCCUAGCCCUAUUGGCCUUUGGACAAAUACCCAAGACGAAGCUGAUUAUCGACACAGAUCUGUUUAGUGAUGUUGACGAUGCAGCCGCUCUUUUGGUGGCCUGUGGCCAUCCGAUAGCCGCACCAAUAGGCGUCAUGAUCAAUUAUCCGUCUAUUUACAGUGCCUUGGCUGCCUCCAGUAUCCUCGGGUACUAUUGCUCAUCUGACGUUCCAGUGGGCCUUAAACGACCGUAUUCCAACGAAACGUUCUUCGACACCUGGUCAUACCGACUUGGAGAAUAUGCAAGCAAAGUUGCAUACAACUGGCGACAUAAUGCAUUGAUGCCAUGGGGAGACGUAAGCAGUGCGUGGGAUCCAGUCGAGCUGUAUCGCAAGCUCCUAUCGGAAGCGGAUGAUCACAGUGUGACCAUUGCCAGUAUUGGGUUCCUCGACAACCUCGCCGAGCUUCUUUCAUCUCCGGGUGAUAUAUACUCUCCACUCUCGGGGCAUGACCUGGUAAAGGCCAAGGUGGAAGAACUUGUCAUCAUGGGCGGAGCAUACCCAUGCGGAUAUGAGUACAAUUUCUACGGCAACAAUGCUCCCGCAACGGCUCUUGUGGUAAACAAUUGGCCGGGGCCCAUGACAUUUUCUGGGAGUGAACUUGGGGCGACUGUCUACUCGGGCGCACGGUUGACCGUAGAGGGACCCGUUGGUGAUCCAGUCAAAGCAGCUUACCGGUGGUACACCGGAUACAACAUGUCUCGGAGUUCAUGGGAUCCCCUUACUGUGCUUUAUGCCAUCGAGGGAAGAGACGGUAGAAAUGAAUGGCUGCCGGGUAACUCUUUGUAUCCGCAGAAAUACUUGAAGCUGCAAAUGUCUGAAACACAAGCUGGCGACUUUUUGGACGAUUUUUACCUUGACACGGCGACAAGAGCUGCACGGAAGUAA